UUUUGUGCAAACGUAAAGAAAUAGCGUCGGCUGUUAAACUGCGAAUUUCUCGAAAUCGCACGUCUCUCGAGUAAUUUUUCCUUUUUGCAGCGUCGCAAAAUCGAUGUUAUAUAUAGUACAUAAUACAUCUGUAAACGUGGAUAUCUAGUGAUGCUAGUGAACGAGGAUUUUAAUCGAUCUCCCGAAAAAAGAGAUGGCUACUUUCAAGCUUCUCUUUACUCCCUGACCGUUACUGCGCUACCGUCGCCGUUGCCGGUGCUGCCCGCUGUCGUUUCCGCGUUUGUUUUCGUUUCGCGCUACUCGGACGCUUCGUUUUUUGUGCGUGUAAACACGUGUGCGUACCGUGUUCGAAUUGUACGCAGUUAGGUUGUCCGGAAAAGUACUGAAUGUAGUAUCGGACGAUUAUCGUAAUACGUGAGUAACAGUGCCGUACGUCGAAACAGUCAUGCUAAUUCAUGAAACUCGACAUUAUUCAAAGGGCUUUCGUUGAUAUCUUGGUUGACGCGUAUUAGGAGUCGCUUCUCCUCUUGCCGGCAUUUUUAUCGUUACUUGCGUUUGAUUCGGCACGUUACACUUUCCGCGUUCGUCAGGUGCAAAUUGUGCGUAGUUACGAUGCCGAAAGUGAUAUAAAAUACAGUAGCAGACGAUGGUGUUACGCAGAUACGUCGUGUUGAGUAAAAAUAACAGCGUUCGUAAAAUGAAUCUUUAUAGCACCUGUUGCGUCGCGAUGAAUCACCUUUUGCGCGCAUUUUACGUUUUAUCCGUACUCAUGUGUGAUAGAUUAUACGCGCAAUAUCGGGAGUGAUCGGGAGUUUGAAAAUUUAAAUAAAAUAUCGGGCGAUCGUUAUUAAUGUGCGUUUCGGGGAGAGUAGCGGAACGAGAUGCCAGCAGAAUUCCAACGAGAAGUAACUCCAAUUAACUGGAGGGGAAAUGCAGCAACAGCAGCAGCGACAACUGAAUGCAUUGCGCGAAAGAUGUUCCUUUUAUGCCAGAUUUCUUCACAUCUCCGGAUAGCUAUGUUCCAGAUAAAGAUUCGCGUACCGGCUUAUCGUGCGAGGCGAGAUGUAUGCCGCGUCGACGGUAGUCUCUCGGGAGCGCUGCUGGCCGUAGGGGUCCCCCCGGAAGUGGAGAGCGGUCUGCCGCGGUGGAUAACUGGCUGCACUGGCGACCGGAGAGGGUUUUACGUCAAGGAAAACAAGUUGCAAAGCAUCAUGGAGGGGGCAGAAGUUACAUUUUUAUUCCAGUUUGGUCUGAUACGUGACACUGUCACGGUCAAUAGCAGCAUGCUUACGCUUAAGACCCUGAAAGAUCUCGCCUGUGAUUUUAUAAACACCAAGUGUCCGGAGCACGGAUUGAAUCAUCUGUUUGAGAGAUUAAUUUUAUUCAAGCACGAUUACAAUUCCACCAACGUUUUGCAGCUGGUAACGAACACUACAGAGGUAGUGGACGAGACCCUGGUAGAAAUCGUGUUGACUGCACAAGUGCCAAGUGAAUACAUUCCCAUUCGACCUCAUGCCUUAGCAGUACAUUCCUACAAAGUUCCAACAUUCUGCGAUUUUUGCGGUGAAAUGUUAUUUGGGCUUGUUCGACAAGGUCUCAAGUGUGAAGGUUGUGGUAUGAAUUAUCACAAGAGAUGCGUCAUCAAAGUGCCGAAUAACUGUUCGCAAGAUGCGAGUCAGAGACGACGCAGCUCGGCCAUGCUGAAUGUACCGAGAUCGCCAAGCCAAGGUUCCACCAGCAGCCUGACGAGCAAUACCGACGAUAAUCACAGUUCAAAUAGUACACUUAACACAAGCCAAAAUAAUAGUACAUUGGCAAUACCGAGUAUAAUGGCACCAAAACUGUCCUCUUCGCCGAUAUUAGGAGGGCGGCCCGUUUGGGUGGAGCGCGAGCUCGCAACGCGAAUAAAAAUUCCACACACAUUCGUAGUACACACAUACACGCGCCCGACUGUAUGUGGGUACUGUAAAAAGUUGCUAAAGGGUAUAUUUAAGCAAGGCCUUCAGUGUAAAGAUUGUCAAUACAAUACGCACAAAAAAUGUAUGGAUAAAAUACCAAAAGACUGUACCGGAGAAAAUCCACGAGAUAAUAUAGGCGAAUAUACAGAUAGCGGUGUGGGCAGUGAACUAGAAACCAAAUGUGAUAUUAGAAAUGAAGAAGCUGAUGCUGACAGUGACACAGAAUCAUCGCUUCUAACUCGAGAUGCGUCAUUCACAAACAAUGAGAAUAAAGCGCCCAGUGAUUAUCCAGAUCAUGCACGAUGUAAUGAUGAUGUUGCUUAUGACGAAUAUCAGAAAUCACGACCAUCAAGCUGUAAUUCUACACCAAGUAACAACAUUCCAUUAAUGCGAAUAGUACAAAGUGUGAAGCAUACUAAGAAACGUGGGUCUAAAGUAUUAAAAGAAGGUUGGAUGGUGCAUUUCACAAAUCGCGAUCCAAUCAGAAAGAAACAUUAUUGGCGGCUUGACACAAAAUCUAUAACGCUAUUCCAAAAUGAGAAUAGUUCUAAAUAUUAUAAGGAGAUACCAUUGGCCGAAAUUUCAGCGAUUGAAACUGCUAAAACACCUCGUUCAUAUAUAAUGCAUUGCUUUGAGCUAAAAACUGCCAAUGCCGAUUACUAUGUUGGGGAGGAUCCAUCAUACGGAGAUAAUUGCGGCCAAGUCUCUCCUCCCGAAAGUGGUAUCGGAGCUCACAUAGCUAGAUCAUGGGAAACUACUAUUAGACAAGCACUUAUGCCUGUAACUGUGUCGAAUAAUCAAGAAGAGCCUAGCGAACCUACUGAACCCGAGGAAAACGUUACCGAUAUGUCACAACUAUAUCAGAUCUUCCCGGACGAGGUUUUAGGGUCUGGACAAUUCGGCAUAGUUUACGGAGGUGUUCAUCGCAAGAGCGGCCGCGCGGUCGCUAUAAAGGUCAUCGAUAAGCUACGUUUUCCCACCAAACAAGAAGCCCAAUUGAAAAAUGAAGUGGCCAUACUACAAAAUCUAUCACAUAGCGGAGUGGUGAAUCUGGAGCGUAUGUUUGAGACGACAGAGCGAAUAUUUGUGGUGAUGGAGAAACUGAAGGGCGACAUGCUGGAGAUGAUCUUGAGCUCCGAGAGGGGACGGCUCAGCGAACGGAUAACCAAGUUCCUCGUGACACAAAUUCUGGUCGCAUUGAAGCAUCUUCACAGCAAGAACAUCGUGCACUGCGAUCUGAAGCCAGAGAACGUAUUACUGAGCAGCGACACGGAUUUCACUCAGGUGAAGUUAUGCGACUUUGGAUUCGCGCGGAUAAUCGGCGAGAAGAGUUUUCGAAGAAGCGUUGUUGGUACGCCAGCGUAUCUGGCGCCGGAAGUCUUGCGAAAUAAAGGCUAUAAUCGUUCUUUGGACAUGUGGAGCGUCGGCGUAAUUAUAUACGUGUCGUUAAGCGGAACAUUCCCUUUCAAUGAGGAGGAAGAUAUUAAUGAACAGAUUCAGAAUGCUGCUUUUAUGUAUCCGCCAACUCCAUGGAAGGAAAUUUCAAGUGAUGCUAUUGAUUUGAUCAAUAAUCUUCUGCAAGUUAAGCAGAGGAAGAGAUAUACUGUGGACAGGAGCUUGCAACACGUGUGGUUACAAGAUUAUCAAACAUGGUGCGAUUUGAGAAAAUUGGAGCAGAAAGUUGGCUAUCGCUACUUGACUCACGAAAGCGACGAUGCACGUUGGAUGGCGUACAGUAAUCAGGAAACAUGACAGAACUGUUCACCUGUUCUCAACAUCGAGGCAUUACCGACUUCCUUGUCACUGCACAAAGGCUGGGCUCGAUACGCUCGAGCUACUCUACGGCGGUUUAUUCGUGCCUGACUCAGUAAAAGUACGUGAGAACUAGUACAACUCUGUCUUUCGGGCGAUAUCCCGAAUAUGUCAUUCUCCAUUCUAAAUCCAAUUGGAAUCGAUAUCGGAGAUCAGAAUUUGCUAUUUCGGGAUACUGCUUUCUCUAAAAUACUUAAACAUAACAUUCAGAAAGCUUCCAUAACGUUGACAUUCCCACAAAAUGGUCCUAGCACAAAAUAAUUUUGAUUCACAGUAUAUUAGUGACGUAGUAAUAAGUAAUGAUAAGCGAAAAACGCUUUGUGGACAUGUAUCUUUGUUCGUAAAACAUUUAGGCUGAAAUGCCGCGCUUAGUAGGUAUCUAACCAAAUUCUAUUUUAAAUACCUACUUUCAGAUUUUUAUUUAUAGAGAUUGUCUCUAUGUAAGCUGUUUAAACUACAUUAUAACAAUGUAGACAUUUUUAUUGCUUUAAUUCUAUAGACUAUAUUUAGGAUAACGUUACUUUAUAAAGCAUUUUAGAUGUUUUAUAAAUUCAUUGUUACUUAAUGUUUAUCAUGCUCUUCUUGGGAUGACUUUAUAUUUUAUUGAUAUAAUUUGCUUUUUAAUGCGUAAUGAUAGUUUAUGAUCAGUUUAUUCUUGUAAACUAAAAUAUAAAUUGCAAUUUAAGAUGUACAAAGAACUCUCAGCUAAAAGCUUUUAUAGGAAAUUAAUGAUGAAUAUAACUUACUCAUGCACAGAAUACUUUUUUUUAUAUAAAUUAUUUAUAUUAAAUUAUUUUCAUUUUGCAUUUAGAUUAACAUAUAUUUUGUUUAUUCAAAAUUAAAAUAUAUUACUAAAUUAUUGAAUAAAGUUUAAUGAAAUUAAUUAUUUUAAUGAUUAUAUGAUUAAAGUAUCAUAAAGCAUUUAAAUAUUUAUGAAAAAAAAUCACGACCUAUACUUUUGAAUCUCAAUCAAUUUUUAAAUGUUCUAUGUAUGAGUAUAGAUGUAUCAUUAACGUUAAACUGUACUAGCGUAUGCAUAGUACUAUAUACAAG